UGGCUGAUUAAAGCCGCCCGGUUCCUGGCAGCUAGGCUAACUGUUUAUAACCUGAAGAAAGACCAUUUCCCCCUCAGCCUGUUAGCAACGUAUUACCCUUAGUCCCUUCUUUUUUGCGCCAGUUCAUAAAUUUCCGACCUAAUUACAAGAUAAGUCGUGCUCCUGAGCGCUUUUAGUCCUGAGCUCGUUGAGAAGAGGAGGCUAGGUUAAAGGGGCAUGAGCGAAGAAGCGAGUGUCUCUGUUUGUUGACAUGGCGGAGCAGAUUUACGACAUUAAAGGAGCUCUGAACUCUGGAAAUCAGUUCUUGGAGGAUCCAGAGCUGGAGGCCAUCAAGGCCCGUGUGAUGGAGAUGGAGGAGGAGGCGGAGAAGCUGAGGGAGGUGCAGUACGGAGGAGAGAGACAGCAGCUUCUCUACAGCCCUCAGGCAGGACUUUUCUACAGUAUGACUCAUGAGGAGAGAAUGGAUGCAGACAACAGAUCUGUCUAUGUGGGGAACGUGGAUUACGGGACCACCGCAGACGAGCUGGAGAUCCACUUUAAUGGCUGUGGUCACGUUAACAGGGUCACCAUCCUGUGUGAUAAAUUCACUGGCCAUCCUAAAGGGUUUGCCUACAUUGAGUUUUCCGAUAGAGAAUCGGUGAGGACGGCUAUGGCCCUGGACGAAACCCUGUUCAGAGGACGCCUCAUUAAGGUAUUACCUAAAAGAACCAACAUGCCGGGCAUUAGCACCACAGACAGGGGGUUCCUGCGGGGCGGCCGGUUCAGAGGUAGAGGCUUCCGCGGCUCCAGAUUUAACAACGGCAGGUUUCGUGGCUUUAUCAGGGGCGGUGGAAGAGCCCAGCCUUGGUAUGUUCCUUAUUGACAGAAUGAAGACAACUUUUUUUUUUUUUUUCCGCCCAUUUGUUUGUUUUUCUUUUCUUGUAUGGUCACCUAAGCACUUCUAGGUGCUACCACAGCCCUGCCCUGAACGGGACUCUAUUUUUCAUUGUACAGUACUGAGUAUAUAUUUUGUGUAUAGCUCAUUUUGUCCCACUGAUGUCAAGCAUGAACACUUGCAACAAUGGAGAAGACUUGGUUUACGCUGAUGGAUGGACUGUUCCUAUUUUAUUUAUAUUUUAUGAACGUCCUUUCUUUAAAAUUGA